AUGGCCUAUGGCCGCUACGUUGCCAUCUGCAAACCCCUGCACUACGGGACCCUCCUGGGCAGCAGAGCUUGUGUCCACAUGGCAGCAGCUGCCUGGGGCAGUGGAUUUCUUAGUGCUGUGCCGCACACUGCCAACACAUUUUCAAUACCUCUCUGCCAAGGCAAUGUCCUGGACCAGUUCUUCUGUGAAAUCCCCCAGAUCCUCAAGCUCUCCUGCUCAGAUGCCUACCUGAGGGAAGUCGGGCUUCUUGUGCUUGGUGUCUGUUUAGCUUUUGGAUGUUUUAUUUUCAUCAUGCUGUCCUAUGUGAAGAUCUUCAGGGCCGUGCUGAGGAUCCCCUCUGAGCAGGGAUGGCACAAAGUCUUUUCCACGUGCCUCCCUCACCCAGCCGUGGUCUCCCUGUUUAUCAGCACGGGCAUCUUUGCUCACCUGAAGCCCUCCUCCAUCUCCUCCCCAUCCCUGGAUCUGGUGGUGUCAUUUCUGUACUCAGUGGUCUCUCCAGCAGUGAACCCCCUCAUCUACAGCUUGAGGAACAAGGAGCUCAAGGAUGCAGUGUGGAAACUGAUGACUGGAUGUUAA